UGUAAUAGCCGUACACCCACCGCUCUGACCACACAACCAGUAAGCAACGAGGUGGGCUCACCAGUAACCACCACUUCAUUCUCCAAAUAGCGUGGUGGUGUCUAGUUCUUGAGCUCACGAGUGGACACUGAAGCUGGACAAGCACCCUUUUCCUCGUUGAAGGUUGUGUAAAUCCAUGUAUCAGUUUUGGAGUAUCUACGAAGAUUCCUCGUGCGAUGGAGCUCCGACUGGUGUCUACAUACUCAGUAAAAACGACUGUGAAGACCACCGUGCAUCGUCCAGUGGAGUCAACUGUCUUGCUCAGUUUGAUAACAAUGAAGGGCUUAUUGGCUACAUCGACGAAAGUUGCUACGCUGGCCGCGCCGCAGGUCUCGCCGACCUCUACAGAGAUGAGCCCUAUAUGGCAUACGACUAUUAUUUCGACGAAAACUGCAGUGACUUUGGAAACGCAGCUUCGUACCGAACCAGUGGCGAUUGUGAACCUUUGUUUACCUCUGGCGAUGCUAAAGAGCUAUAUAGAAGCGCCACGGUUUCAGUCUCGGAUGGAAACUUGAUAUGGAAAAGAAACUGGGGAUCUAUGGACGGUGCACUGCAUUGUCCUGGAUCCAGUGGUGAAGGUUAUUACGAGUUUGAUGUUCCCAUGGCGGAAAUUAACAACGGCAUUUGCAAGAAGUUUGAGGGCAUUGGUGGAAAAUUUGCCUUUUACAACUUGUCGGAGGAUAUUGAUAUCCGCCAAGACUCCGGCUCAUCUUUGUCAUCUUCUUCGUCGAGUAGCUCUUCGGGCUCUAGUUCCAGCUCGAUUUUAUCGUCGUCAGCGUCAGAUAAUGGCCUCACUGCUGGUACUAUUAUCGGUUUAGCGUGCGGUGGUGUGCUCGUUCUUGUAGGUUUUAUUGCAAUACUACGCUGCAUCUGUAAAAGACGUGGGAAAUCCGAUACGAGAUCAAAUCAACAACCCUUCAUUGACAGAGGAAGUGUUUGGACAGGAGGACCCACCGGGCCCACCGACGGCUCCGAGCGGUCUACGAUCGGCCACGGACUCUGGAACGACAAUGUCAUUAUUGCUACUCGGGUUCCUCGGGACCAAGUGGUUGUUCAAGGUCUCAUUUGCCGUGGAGGCUUUGGAGAAAUCUUUCGAGGAACAUACAAUCGCGAAUCUGUCGCGAUUAAAAUGCUGUUUCCAGAAAUGCGAAAUGACCUGAAAAAGGUCAACGAUUUUCUAUCAGAAGCCAAACUGAUGGCGGGUCUGGUUCACCCCCACAUCGUACGAUUCGUUGGUGUCGCAUGGGGGUCUCUUACUGACCUCUGCGUCCUGACGGAACUGAUGAAGCGAGGGGAUCUGCGAACUUUACUAAAAGGCUAUGAAGCACGAGGUCACCCUCAAGGCAUCGACGAAGACAAAAUCCGCAUCGCCUAUCACAUCGCACAAGCGUUGACGUAUCUGCACUCACUCGCUCCCAUUGUGAUCCAUCGUGAUCUGAAGUCCAAAAAUGUUUUGCUAACGGAGGAACUGGAUGCGAAACUCACCGACUUUGGCGUAUCAAGGGAGCGGCAAGAGAACACAAUGACAGCAGGCGUCGGCACGAUGUUGUGGAUGGCACCUGAGGUGAUGAUGGCCGAUCAUUACGAUGAGAAAGCGGAUAUUUUCUCGUUUGGUGUGAUGUUGUCGGAGUUGGAUCUUCACUUGUUACCAUAUUCGCACGCAAGAAUCGAUCCGAACACUGGGAGGAAGGUACCAGACGCGGUGAUUCUGCAAAAGGUGGCGACUGGUGCCUUGCAAGUGUCGUUUUCAUCCAGCUGUCUGGCUUCAGUGGUGGAGUUAGCGAAAGAGUGCAUUGCGUUGGACCCGUCACGUCGUCCAUCAGCUCCGAUGGUAGUUUUCCGUCUGCAAACUAUCAUGAAGGAAUCUUUCGGUGAAUGAAAUCGUGUAUAAGACAUCAACUUUGUCGUUUUCGUUUAUUUACGAGCUGGUACGGUAAACUAGAUCGCCUUCAACUUAGCUGGGAAUACACUUCUUUAUACGUAACGAAAGAUACAUACAUGAAAUAGAUAUCAGAGAUUUAGUCACG